AUGUUUGGCGACUCGUUCAAGUCGCGGGCUGUUGCGGCGUUGCUGCUCGCUGCGACCAGCAUUCAGACCGUUUCUGGACAGGCCAACUACAAGAUUGACACAGCCGAAAACAUCAAGAAAGCCGCCGCCGAUCUGGCCGCCUCGGUCAUCAAGCGAUACGAAGAUGGCCAGAAAGUCCCCGGCGUCGAGCCCGGUAUCCUCCCCGGUCCUCCCACCGAAAACAAAGGUCCUUACUACUGGUGGCAGGCCGGUGCCAUGUGGGCCGCCUUUAUCGACUACUGGCAUUUAACGGGCGACACCAAAUACAAUGAGCUGGUGACCAAGAGCAUCAUCCGACAGUGUGGUGAGGACAAGGACUUUGAACCCUUUGCCCAUCGUGCAUCCCUUGGAAACGAUGACCAGGCCUUCUGGGGCAUGACGGUCCUUACGGCCAUCGAGAGGAACUUUCCCGACUCGCCCAACUCCACAGACCCCGGCUGGCUGGCCCUCGCCCAGGCCGUCUUUACUAGACAGUCGAUGCCCGAGAGACACGACAAGAAGUGGUGUGGUGGAGGCAUGAGGUGGCAGGUUCCCGUCACCAACCUGGGCUACGAUUACAAGAACACAAUUGCCAACGGUGCAUACUUCAACAUGGGUGCCCGCCUCACCCGCUACACGGGCAACGAGACGUACGCCGAGCGCGCAGAGGAGAUUUACGACUGGCUAAAGGAUACCGUCAAGUACAUCGACCCUGAGAACUGGAAGGUUUACGACGGUGGUCACACUGGAGAGAAGCGGAAGGCCGAUGAGCCGAUCCACAACUGCACCGACGUCAACAAGCAACAAUUCUCGUACAAUGUCGCCAUUCUCGCACAGGGCGCCGCAACCAUGUGGAAUCACACCAUGGCCAAGAAUCCCAACAGCCCCAAGGUCGCCAAGUGGAGGGAGGCCACAGAGAAGCUGGUCGAGAGCUGCCUGAACGACUUUUUCAGCAAGGGUGCAGCCUACGAGAUUGCUUGCGAAGAGGGCCGUACUUGCAGUGUCGACAUGUUUACCUUUAAGGGUUUCAUCCACCGCUGGCUGCCGGUCGUGACCCAGCUGGCCCCCUUUACCCGCGACACUCUGCUUCCGGCGCUCCGCAAAUCUGCCGAAAAGGCCAUCGCCACGUGCAAGGGCGGCUCGACGGGCAAGGACUGCGGUUUCUACUGGGUUGAUGGCUUGUAUGUUGACCCUGCCACGCACUCGCCUCUUCCGACCAACGGCACACCCGAGCAGCUCAACACGAUGUCGGCCGUCAUGAGUCUGAUGCACGACGUCGCGGCCGUCCCGGGCCCUGUGACGGCCUCGAACGGUGGCGAGAGCCGAGGUGACCCCAAGGCCGGACUUAGGCACACACCCAUGACGCGCUACAAGGACAUUACGGGGGCCGACCGUGCAGGUGCGGGUAUCUUGACCACGUUGGUGAUUGGUUCCGCCCUUGGAACUUUUGGGUGGAUGAACUGGGAUUAG